GCCGUCCAUGAUCAGGACCUGCCUCCACGAGCUCUGCGACACAUUCUGCUCCUGCCUACUCCCCCCGUCCUCUCCUCGCCUCGCUCCAUCCCCACCCAUGGCCUCCGACGAGUCCAGCGUAACCAUCACCCACCGCACCGUGGAGCUCCACACCGGCGUUCACCUCCAUGUCGCCGAGGCCGGCCCGGCCUCCGGCGCGCCCACGGUCCUGCUCCUCCACGGCUUCCCGGAGCUGUGGUACACGUGGCGGCACCAGAUGCGCGCGUUGGCUGCCGCGGGCUACCGCGCCGUGGCGCCCGACAUGCGCGGGUACGGCGGCUCCGAUGCCCCGCCCUCCUCGGAGCAGUACACGGCGCUGCAUAUCGUCGGCGACCUCGUGGCGCUCGUCGACUCGCUCGGAGAGAAGCAGGUGUUCGUGGUGGCGCACGACUGGGGCGCCGUGAUGGCGUGGCACCUGUGCAUGCUCCGGCCGGACAGGGUGAGGGCGCUGGUCGCCCUCAGCGUCGCGUUCACUCCCCGCAGUCCGGCGAGGAGGCCCGUCGACGGGCUGAAGGCUCUCUUCGGCGACGAGUACUACAUCUGCCGCAUCCAGGAGCCAGGAGCAAUCGAAUCAGAAUUCGCGCGCCUUGGCACGGAGCAGGUGCUAAGAAAAUUCUUCGCUUAUCGUACCCCUGGCCCGCUGUUCAUGCCAAAGGGAGGAUGGGGAUCACCGGACGAUGAGGUGCCCUUGCCGAGCUGGAUCACAGAGGAGGACAUCAAGUAUUACACCUCCCAAUUUGACAAGACAGGUUUCACCGGGGGGUUGAACUACUACCGCGCCUUAAACAAGACAUGGGAGCUAACAUCACCAUGGACGGGAGAUCACAUAAAAGUACCAACCAAGUUCAUAGUUGGCGAUCUGGAUUUGACGUACCACACUGCGGGCAUACAAGAUUUCAUUCACAAAGGUGGACUCAAGAAGUGUGUUCCAUUGCUGGAUGAUGUGGUGGUAAUGAAAGAUGUUGGCCAUUUCAUAAAUGAAGAGAAGCCAGAGGAAGUUAGUGCGCAUAUACUCAGCUUCAUACAGAAAUUCAACUGAAAUUAGAUAUAACGGGGACAAGGUCAAAGUGUACAUUCAUGUUGAAAGUGCUAUUAAACACACUUCUUUGUUGUGUUACUUAAAUUCAUAUGCUGAGACUAUUUUACUGUAUGGUUGCAAGCUCAUUAAUUUAUUAUGUUUGAUUUGUAA